AUGAUGUAUAGUAGUAUUGAAAGAAGUAGUGAAGAGAGUGAUGAAGAGAUUGAUAUCUUUAGUGAGAUUGAAGAUAAAAAUAUAGAUAAUAAGAGUACUAGCAAUAAUAACUUUAUAAUAUGUAAUAGUGAUGAUGCAUAUGAUGGUACCUUUGAAUUCAAUCUAGAUAACAAUCCAUAUAUAAAGAUUGAAGAUCAUCCGAUAAAAGGUAGAUGUGUAGUUGCCAAAAGAUUCAUACCAAGAGGAACUACACUUCUUAUUGACAAACCAUAUGUUUCAGGUGAUUAUUAUUAUUGUUUCAAAUACUUUAGUGAAUUAAAUAGACAAAAUGUUGUUUGUUGUCCUGGAUGUGGUGAAAUAUAUUAUUGUUCUACUUUUUGUAAGCAUUCAAGAUUUAAGGAAACGAAACAUAGUGAUUUGGAAUGUAAAUGGAUGUAUUAUUUCUCGAAAACCUAUCUUCAUCAACUACUUGACGAUGAGAAAGACAUGGUUCUAAUUAUUCUGAGGAUAUUGGCUCGUAGACAACAAGCAAAACUCUCAAUGGAUUUCACUAGAGCGCCCACUUCUAGCCGACUGGAUCUUCCAUCGGAAAUCAACGAUCUCGUUGAUCACAUCGAUGAAUAUUUCUCGGUUUCAUUAGAGCAUCAAACCAAUGACAAUAACAAUAACAAUACACAACAACAACAACAAUAUAUUGUUAAAAAUGAAAUUAUAAAUAAUCAAGAUAUCUCUAUAAAUAGACCAACCAAUAUGAAUAUUGAUGACUAUAAAUUGGUUUGGCAACACGACUUUGCAAAAUUGUUGACUCUCACCAGAAUCAUUCAAAACAUAAUAACUCCAUCGAAAAACUGUAGUUUCAAGAGUAACAUCGACAGAGAUGGUGACUUUGAGAUGACCGACACUACUAGUGCACCUACCUCACUACGAACCUCACUCGAAGUCAUCACAAAAACAGACUUUAACCUACUGAAACUACUUGGAAAGAUAAGAUCAAAUUACUUUGGACUGUGGACACAUUCUCCUAUGCCCAUCAUCGGCAAUACCAAUUCAUCAUUUAAUCAAACUAAUACUACGACAACGACAACAAUGGAAUCAAGUAGUAGUAGUAGUACAUCGUCACCACCACUACUACGACCACAACAAUGCCACUGGGGAGGUGCAGCUGUCUAUCUCCGAAUGUCACUUUUCAAUCAUUCUUGCUUUCCAAAUUGUACAACUCUACUUCAAACCAACGAUACACAUCGCAUUAAACUUGGUAAUUCCGAUAUCGACGGUGCCGAUUCGACCAUCUACGAAUUGGAUCCUGAGAGAGUCAACCCUUUAUCAUUCCACGUGGUAACAAUCAGAGAUAUCGAAGUUGAUACUGAAUGUCUAAUAACCUACAUUCCACUCGACCAAAAACUAAAAGAUAGACAAUCACAUCUGAAAUCAAUGUGGCUCUUUGAUUGUAAUUGUCAAAGAUGUCAAUUUGAUUUAUAUCAACAACAACAACAACAAAAAAGUGACACCUCUUUGACCGACAACAACCAAGACACAACAACAACCAAGACAAACCUGAUUCCUAACUUGGAAUUUGAAAAGUAUUGUUGCAAUAGUGUUGGUUGUCAUAGUGGAAUGUUGGUACCUGACUAUCCCGGAAGCACCACUGGCUCAUGCCGUGAAUGCAAUCAAUCAUUCCAAUUACCGAAAUAA